AUGGAUGGCGAACCUCCAGCCGAGGAGGACUUCUCCCUCAUCCCUCUCAUCGAAAGAAGUCAGCACAAGAACUGGAAAGCUCGGAUAUCAGCUUACACAGAAGUCAGCACAAGAGCUGCAAAGACCGCUUCAGACACCGAUCCUUUCUUCCGACCCUACGUCACCGAUGGACAAUUAUUACGGAAAUGGUGUCUCGAUGCAAACGCAGUAGCCCAUGAAAAGGCCGUGGAGGCCGUUCUGGCCCUCGUCCAGUAUAGCGGAGAGACCAGCGCCCGAACACGAAGCGACGUCAUGCCUGCAAUUGUCGACAAGGCCUUGGGGUCUACAAGAACGGGAACGAAGAGGAAAGGAAUGGAUCUGGCCGCGAUGUACGUCGAGGUAGAGAAUACUGGAGAAGGAGUAACUGCCGAUGUCCUAGUCGGGCUGGAUUCGAAGCAACCAAAGAUCGUGGCAGGAUCAGUAUCGGUCUUGAAAGAAUUGGUAGAAUCCUUCGGUGUCUCCGCUCUUGGCAACAUUAAGCCUAUCCUCAAAUCCAUUUCCAAAAUCUUUGCUCAUACCGACAAGACGGUCCGGACCGAAGGUACCGGUCUCGUUCUCGCCCUUUAUACGUACAUCGGGGAAGCUCUCACCCCAGCACUGUCAGAACUGAAGCCAGUACAAAUGGCCGACUUGCAAAAAUCUUUCGAUGCUCUGAAUGCCGAAGGGAAAGGUGCGGGUACCGGCAAAGCCACGAGAUGGACGAGGAAGACACAGAGAGAACGAGACGCAAAUGCUGGAGCAGACGACGUCUCAGAAGACGAGGUGGCUGAACCUGCAGCAGUCGACCCUCGGAGUUUCUUGGAUCCUGUCAAUGUCCUGAAGCUAUUUCCGGCCGAUGUCAUGGAUCGACUGUCAUCUACAAGCUGGAAGGAGAGAGUGGGUGUCCUGGAAGAAUGUAAUACCAUCCUGGCGGAUCCUCAAAACGGUCGGAUCAGCGACAACAAUAUUGAGGCUUAUGGAUCACUGGUUUCGGCUGUGGGAGCCAAGUGCAAGAGCGACACAAUGGUCAAUGUCGUCAUUGAAGGGUCGAAACUACUGGAAGGAUUAGCCAAGGGUAUCGGUAGACCUUUCGGGCGGUAUAGGAGCGUCACGCUGUCAUAUUUACUGGAACGAUUAAAGGAGCGGAAAGUCACAGUGGUCGAAGCUCUGGGUAAAGCUCUUGAUGCUAUCUUUGCAUGUACCACACUUCAGGACAUCAUUGACGACGUCCUCACUUCUCUCAAAUCGAAAAACCCACAGGUGAAAGAGAUGACCUUACGAUUCUUACAUCGGUCCCUCUGCACCACUCUAGAUGCUCCUGGCAAAGAUCAGGUCAAACCUCUGGCCGAAGCCCUCGUCGUACUGCUGGGGGAUAGUGCCGAAUCAACUCGAAGUGCGGCAGCAGACUGUCUGGGAACCCUGAUGAAGAUUGUUGGUGAGAGGACAUUCAACCCAUUUGUCGAACAUGUGGGGGAGCUCCAAAUGGUCAAAGUCAAAGAAGCUUUCACGAAGGCGGAGAUAAGAUACCGACCAGGAGCUGCCAAGCCUGUAGCAGGAGGCAAGUCAUCAGCGGCAGCUCCAAUAGCACGAAAAACUGGACCACCAAAGGCCAAUGGAACUUCGGUCCCACAAUCACCUGCGAUCCGUCAGACGAACUCGAUCCCAGCUUCUCCACCCAUCAAAGCUUCCGGAAAGUUCGGAGGCGGGGUACCCAUGGAGGAAUUUGCCCCACCUACUCGGCCACCCCCCACUCGCUUCACCGCCAAAACCAAACCUGUCGAGUCCGAAGGUGCUUCUGGUCCUCCUGCCAAAUCCGCUCAACCCGCUGCCCGUAAAGCUCCUAUUGCCGGACCGUCCAAAACAGCUCCUGCGCCCACAAAGUCAGCCGGACCCUCGAAAUCUCUCGCUCUCUCACCCUCCGAACCUGUCAAGUAUCGCUUCAGUCCAGAGGAAGCUGCCUCCCAGGCCGAACAACUCAUUCCUCCUCAGGUACAGACGAAACUAGUAGACCCAGCUUGGAAGGUGAAGUUGGAAGGAAUGGAUGAGCUCGUGACUUGGCUGAGCGAGGAAGGCGGUCUUGAGAAGACGGAAAGUGAGAUUAUCGUGAGGUUUCUGUGCAAGACGCCUGGUUGGGGAGAGAAGAUGUUCCAAGUGGCAGCGAAGAUGUACCUAGCGUUGAUGCUCGUUGCUGAGAAGAGUCCCACUUUCGGUCGGGCUUCGGCUGCUUUGGCCAUCGGACCAUUGACAGACAAGCUGGGAGAUAUCAAGCUGAAGAAGCCAGCUGGGGAUGCGUUGACAGCGUUUGCCGAGAGAACGUCCCUGGCAUUCGUGCUCGCUCAAGGCUACGAACCGAUGACAAAGCAGAAAGCCGUCAAAGCCCAGGCUGACGCUCUUACCUGGAUCAAGCAGCAGCUCAUCGAAUUUGGCAUUGCCGGUAUUCCCUUGCGAGACUUGAUCACAUUUUGCAAGACGGGUCUCCAAUCUCCGAACGCUGGGGUUCGAUCCAGCGCCACUCAAGUGCUAGUGACUGUACGCACGUUCGUCGGCGCAGAUAUCUCCGGCUUUUUAGAAGAUCUCAAUCCUCAGUUGCUCACUACAAUCAACAAUGAGUGCGAGAAAGUCGCCGGUCAAGCUGCCCCAGAGCCGACUCGUACACAAGCGGACCUCAGGGAAGCCGCACCGUCAUCGGGUAAAGCUGGCGGUAAAGUCGUUCCUGACCCAUUAGACGACCUAAUCCCUCGGGUAGAUCUAGACAAGCUGGUCGCUUCGACGUCCGUCAUUGCCGACUCGAAGAGCGAUGCUUGGAAGACCCGAAAAGACGCGUUCCAGGCGUUGGACGAGUUGUUAGAAGUCAAGUCUAACUCCCGCCUGAAGCCAAACAUGGGUGAAAUCGGCACGGUGCUCCGGAAAGCUCUCGGAGACCAGAAUCUGUCGGUCAAAAUGCUCGCUCUGAGCAUCAUCACAAAGAUCUCGACUGGGAUGGGUGCACCGUUCGACAAGUACAAUCGCAUACUCGUGGCGGCCGUGUGUAGCGUGUGUGCCGAUCAGAAGGCUUCUAUCCGUUCUGUGGCUCUCAACACUUUGUCUGCGAUGCUCGACGCCUCCGGCAACUUGGAUCAUAUGUUCACCGGCAUUGCGACGAGCUUGGAGAACCCCAAUCCAGCUCUGCGAGCUUCCGUCCUCGGUUGGCUGGCUGAAAAGCUGCAAGCAAACCCUCCGUCUGCCAGCGCCGACAUGACUCCCCUGGCAGCUUCAGUGCUUUCCUGUUUGGAAGAUCGAAACGGUGAUGUGCGCAAGGGAGCAGGAUCCGUCCUUCCAUUCGUCGUCGCCAAUGUUGGUUUCGAUCACGUCAUGGAUCUGACGUCAACCUUGAAACCGGCGUCCAAGGCUACCAUCGUUCCACUCAUUAAUAAUGCCAAAGGCGCUGUUCCUGCUAAAUCCUCCGGAUCAAGUACGGCGGCUGCACCGUCUGCUGUAGGUACCCCAAGGGCGAAAGUCGUGACUGGAGCAAAGACAUCAGCUCCUCCAAGUCCUGCUGCGAGGGGACGUAGUCCCGCGCCCGGUGCAGGAAGGUCCAUCGCUCCUCCUGGCAGAUCCCUAGCUAUGAAAGCCCUUUCUUCUGCGCCCACUACACGUCCGCCAUCUGCAACUAGCGACGACAGACCCACUGCUUAUCCCAAAUCUCGACUUGGGUCCACACGUCCUACUUCCGUUGCUCCUACCCAGCCCAUCGCAUCGCCCAGUGACUCCUCUCGUACCCCUCCGUUCAUCUUCUCCAAUUCAGAUCUCCGGGCUAUGCGCGUCAAGAAAGACUCCUCGCGAUGGACCCUUGAACCCUCACCUAAGUCCGACUUGUCUGAGUAUCUGCAAGUGCAAAUGGAGGCCACUGUAUCUCCCGAGCUCCUCGCUCUGUUAUUCAGCAAGGAUCAUAGAGCAGAGGAAGAUUAUAUGGCUGGGCUGUCCCAAAUCACAGAAUUCUAUAGCGGCAAAGCGGCGGAAGCGUAUGGCCUAGAGGAAGAAGAGAUAACGGGUCGGCAGCUGGCAAACGUAGAUCUGGCUUUGAAGUACGCGGCAUUGAAGUUGCUGGGGAAUAACUCGCAGUUGAUCAGUCGGUGUUUAGAGGUGAUAGGGAGUGUCGUUGAGACUUUGUCGAAGUCUACUGAGCGAUUGUCCGAUACUGAGGUCAAAUCUUUUGUCCCUGCCUUGGUGUUCAAGCUCGGAGACGCCAAAUUCGUCCCCAAAUUACAGCCCAUCUUCGACAGCCUGGGUACAGUGACAGCGACGUCUCAAGUCCUUUCGCUAUUGGUGCAAUUCGGAUUAGAGGAUAAGCAUGCUGGCAAGACGUGCAAGAAUGAAACUUUGGGUCUGAUCGAGAAGGCGUAUAAGAAACGAGGGAGUAUCCUGCGGAUCAAGGAUGAGAAAGGAUUUUACGAUGCUGUAGCACGGUGCAUACAGGACAGCGGAACGCGCCAGGCGGCAUUGAGUCUCAUGGCGAAUCUUCAGUUACAAGGGGGCUCGCCUGUGCUGCAAAAUGUCAUCGACUCCAUGCCACAAGCUAGCAAAGAUAUGUUGGCUAAUCGCAAAGCCACGAUGGUGGCGUCAAAAGCGGCGCCAGCUACUAUCGGUGGUGUGGCUCGAGCUUCAGCUUCAGCCUUAGCUGCAACCGACACUCCAUCUCGUCUAAAGAAGCCGACGGCCCUCGGUGCUGUCAGUCCUGGAAUACCCAAACUUCGACGAACUUCAUUGACCGAAUCCCCUAAACUUGGUUCUCCUCGGAACAUCCCCUCGCCCAGUGGGCUCAAACCUCGAUCAAACAUCCCAUCACCUGCUCCAAAGAAGACGGCUUUAUCAGCUCUUCCUCGAGCAACUACUCAACUUGCUCAACCCACCUCCCCUCCUGAUGCGUUCUCGUCCCGACUUCCUGUCCAACCUCCUCGUAAAGGAUCCUCGAACUUGUCACCUCUCUUACCUCAGAAUGGGUUCUCCGUUCCUGGGACUGACACUCUCGCUGCUAUCGACGCCAUCAGACAGGACGAUCUGGAAGAAGCCAUCGACGCUCUCAAAACGCUACAAGAGCUUUUACUUGAACGUUCGGACACUUUCCGCUCAUGCACAUCUACUCUAGUGGAGACCUUAGGUGACGAAUUGAACCGUGGGUUUACUCCUCCGGAAAACCUAUUGGAUCUCCCAAAAUUCCGAUUAGUCAAACAUCUCUUACAAGCCGUGAACAAUCUAUCAGCCAACCAAGAUCUCAUGCGUCGACUGAAAUCGCAAGAAGUUUACACCCUGAUACAAUGUCUCUCACUCCGGUUGGUCCAGGCGGAUAGGCUAGGUGGGGCUCCCAAGGAGUUGGCGGGAUUCAUGAACCAGAUCAUGAUACAGAUCAUGAGUAUGGCAGAACGAGAUCUCGUCUUUAGGGUCAUGUUUCGAUUGUUCGUGGAUUUAUCUGGUGAUUUCUCAGAGACAAGACCUGAUUUAGAGAGUGAAGUGGUGGCUCAUGCGGAUUUAGUACUCAAAUGUUUAUGGAAGAGAUGUCGGGUGAUUGAUGAUGAUCUCAGACAUGGGAGAGUGAGACCGGGUACCAUGUUGAAUAUCUUGGAAGAGUUCACUCAGGCGGUGAAUCCUAUGGAAUAUAGGAGAAGGGAAAAGGAAGGCGUGGCUUUGGGAGAAUUACCAUUGAGAACGAUCAAGACGAUCAUGCAGCGGAUCAUCAUAUACGCCAAAGAAAAUAACCAGGAGGUCUUUGACAUCCUCCGUGGAGAAUUCGGAGAUCGAGCAGCGGAUACAAUAGUCUAUUCCUACAUCUUCCGUUUACUGGGUAAAGAUGAAGCUGCCGCUGCUCGUCUACGUCAACGUAGUCCUCAACGUAAUAUCAAUGGACAUUCUAGACCUCAUUCUCCCGUUCGUCCACUUAGCGUAGCUAGUUCCGAGCAUCAACAAUCGGAAGCAGACCAUCAUCGACCAGUAUCACCUUUUACCGCCGAAAUACCUCCGGCCGUGCCAGAAAUAUCCGAGGCGGAGAUGCUUGUUAAAGGACUAGGAUUUCACAAUCAACAGAGUCAAUUAGACAAAUUACAUGAUUUCAUAACUGCUAAUCCGGAGAAAGAACCAGAGGUUCAGAAAGCUAUUUCGGCACAUUUGUCAGGUACUGUUCAAAUAUACAUCCGAAGAGCAUUGGAACAACGACGACAAUCUCAAUCUCCGAUACAUGAAACAGUCUCCCCAGUACGUUCACCUAAUCCAACACCUUCAACACUGCCAGCCAAACCUGCACGUCGUUCACUCGCCCCUGGUCCUAGACCAUCAAGUGUAGCAGUGGACAAAUCAGCUCCUAUAGAUGAUCAAUUAUCCGCUUACAAGGCAUUAUUCAAUCGCGGUCAGAACGUCAGUGGGAGUGGAAGUGAAGGUGGUCAUGGAAGUCCUGGUGAACCUCUCUCGGAGAUAUUACCUCCACAGUAAGUGUAGAGUAGAGGUAGAGGACUGGGUGAACAAUGGAGUGUACCGAUAUUAAGAUUAGUUUGGGAUCUGAGAGAUAUCUUCUUUUUUUUCUACAUGCAUUUUAGAUGUAUACCAG